AGUUCGGCAUCGGCUUCACGCAAUGGCCAGAGCGCGAGGUGAUAGCGGUGCCGGGGACGCAGGUUCGGAUGCCGUGCGCCACCAACGUCACGGCGGAGAAGAUAUCGUGGCAGUACAACCACCACUUCCUCCUCGAGCCUCCUUCCUCGCCGUCGGAGGAACCUGGCGAUGGAGGAGGUGGAGGAAGUGAUGGAGGAAGUGGUGGGAGCGAGCCUCCUCCGUUCACCGUGCUGCAGACGAAGGGAGGGAGUCAGCUGGUCAUAACGCUUGGGCGCGAGGGGCACUUUCGACACCAGCUGGGACUCUAUCAGUGCGUGGCAUGGUUCGGCGCCAUCGCCCUCACCUCGCUGCCGGGGCGUCUGGAGGCGGCGCUGUUGGAGGACUUCCCCGUGGGCGUCUCCCCUCCCCGCGUGGAAGUGGGCGUGAGGGAGGGCGGCGCGGCGAGGGUGGAGUGCGGGAGCCCUCAGUCAGUGCCCGACGCCCAACUGACUUUCUUCAGGGAUGGGCGAGAGGUGGACGCAGACGCCGCCCCCGAAGCCUACCGAGUGACGCCCCACGGAGACCUCCUCAUCCUGAACGUGGGCGCGUGGGCGGAGGGCGAGUACACCUGCAGCGCCCACAACGCCGUGCUCAACAGGACGGUCACCGCGCCCACCGUCACAGUUGUCACUCUCCUGCCGGGGGACGGUGAGGACGCCCCUCACGCGCCGCCGGAGUUCGUGUCUCUCAGGACGCUCUACACGGGACGCACAGGGACGACCCUCAGAAUGACCUGCCUGGCAACGGGCAAUCCCCAACCCAAAAUAUGGUGGACGAAGUAUGGAGGAACUCUGCCGGCCAGGAGCAGCCAGGAGGAGGAUGGUUCCCUCCGGAUCGAGUCCUUGGAGGUGCAGGAUGAAGGCACGUACCUCUGCCACGCUGGUAAUGGCGUGGACUCGGAGAUUAUGCUGGACGUGCCGUUGGAAGUCCUGGAACCGCCUGAGAUAGUAGGAGCUCCUGAGCCCCAGAAUGUUGAGGAAGGGAAGGAAGUGGACCUCAAAUGCCGAGCCACAGGCCAUCCUGAGCCCAAGAUCAUGUGGGUGUUCAAUGGAGGUCUUGUGAGAAAUGAUGGAAACCUAUUGAUAACUGAUCAGGGACUGACCAUCAGAGCAGUUGAGAAGAAACAUGCAGGCAUAUUCCAGUGUUUUGCUCACAAUCCUGAAGGCACUGUUCAGGCUGUAGCCAUGAUUAGUGUUGUACCGAAAACUGUGAAAGCAGGGCCACAUUCCAGUAUAUCUAACACUGAUUACACACCUGGUGAGCCUUCCAAAGAUCGAUACAAUGGCAGCAGACGCAGAGUUACUGGCAAUGGCAAUGGCAGUAGUGGGGAAAAGGGUAACAGAGGAAGAGACAGAAAUGGAAAGAGGAGAGGCCAAGGGAGAAAUGAGAGUGAUGGCCUUGCAAGGGGAAAUGGGAAGAAUGGAGAGACAACAGUAGAGCCAGCAACAACGAAUGAUGGUGUGUGGAGGAAAAAAGGAAAAAAAGGUUUGAUGGUUCCUCCUUCAAGACCCAACAUGACGAAAGUUUCAGAUGAAUCAGUCAUGGUCACGUGGGAUGUUCACAACACAACCGGCUUACCCAUUUUGUUUUAUAAGGUUCAAUACAAGGAAGUUGGUAAUAGAGGAAACAGAGGCAGUAGAUGGAUGACAGUGGAUGAGGACAUUCUGCCACAUAUUAAUAGCUAUGAAGUAACAGGGCUUCAUACAGGUCGUGUUUACAAAUUCCGCAUUGCUGCUGUUUAUGCUAACAAUGACAAUAAACUGGGGAAGAACUCCAAGAGGUUUUUGUUAAAGGAAGACCUGACAAUGCAGAGGCCUGUUUACCCUCCAAAGAUAGUCCGCCUCUUGCCUCUGAGUCCCACAAUGGUUCGGCUGGAGUGGGAGUAUGAACCAUCGCCAGGAGUCCCUGUUGAAGGGUUCUUCAUCAAUUAUAGGGAAGCAACAACAGCCGGAGAAUACACAAAGGUCACAGUGUUAAAUCCAAGAAGAACCUAUGAGAUCUCUCACCUAAAGCCCAAUGUGUCAUAUGAUUUCAAGAUACAGUGUUUCAACAUUGCUGGAACAUCAGACUUUUCCCCUAUAUAUAAAAAAUCUGUAGCAGGCUCCAAAACCUCUACAAUGCGUCCUGCUGUUACCGUCAAUGAUGUGGUCCCAGUGAUGAAGAAUGAUGACAUGAGCCUCUCCAACAUCCACCUGUACAUAAUCCUGGGUGCUGUUCUGGCUCUCCUGCUUCUGAUUGUGAUUGUCUCUUCAUCAAUUUAUGCUUGUAGGAAUAGGAAUUCUCAAGCAGAUGACAGCCGUGCAUCAAAAUAUGAGGACACUUCUCUCCACAUACACAGGGAAACAACUACUUAUUCUUUACCUCAGAGUAACCGCAACAAUGGCCAAGGUCCCAAUGGAUAUUUAUCACAUCAAGGUUCUCCUCUGCGGCAGCAAAACAGGGAUGAAAAGGUCCCAGUUGAAAGCUCCCUUGUCGAAAAUAACAACCACAACAUUCAAAUGCUGCGAAACUGGCAGUCAACACCAGGCGGCCAAAUUCGCUCAUAUUCCACCAGUGGUGAGGGUGAUGCUGGUGCUAUUGAAAUGAGAAAUUCCUCAUUACCGAGAAGCACAAGUGAGGGACCGGUUGUGGCCAGUGGUGUAGACACAACUCUGAGAUGAUUUCCCUAAGGUCCUCAAAAUCCCACAUACUCUCUAAUAAUUUUUUUUGUGUUUGUAUAUACUGUAUAGAAUGUGCAUGGCUGAAGUGAUAAUGGGAAGUGGCCAUGAAAAUCACAUGGAUUUUUUUCUUCUAUUUUAAAACUCAGUUGAAUGUGUUAUAUAUGUUGAAUGCAUGAGUUUAUGUGUGUUAUAGUGUGUCUGAUCAUGCUUGUUCAUUGUUCAUUUGUGUAGAAAAUGACAUUAAUAUGAAGUCAAUUUGGUAUAAGCCUUGGUGGCAAUAAUUGUGAUACUAUUUUUAAGUUUAGGUUUAGUAUUCUUUCACUCAUUAUGUUAGUAACCGCUUAUCUGUAACUUUGGAUCUGUCUGUCUGCAUAUAUGUAUGUCAGUCUUUAAUCACUUAUUUAUCUACUUCAGAAUCAAAGAAUGACAAAUUAAUGCUACAAAUAUUGCUAGUGGUUGUACAAUGAUUAUUUGCAUUUCAAACGUUUUUUACAAAGUGUACAUAUGAUUUUUUUACUUAGAAAUAUCAAUUUAAUUUCUUAAUUUAUUUAAUGUAUUAGUAAGAGAAACUAUGAGAAGGCAAUAGAGGGUUACCCGAGGAAAGUGAGACAUAUGCUGUGAACUUGCCAACAACACAUUCUAGUUGAUAAGGGAAAGCGUCUCUUUUUCUUCGAUAAGCCACAGCAACGUGCUAAAGGAAACUGUCUUGGUGGAAGAGUGAAAUAAUUUUUUUGGUAUAUAUCACAAGCCUGUUUGUAAUAAAAUAUUGCUACUACAA